AUGAUGGCAUACAAUAUGAAUAGUGCUGCGGCAGCUUUUGCCUAUGCACAUUUACCAUGCCAGUCAUCAACGACACCAUCACAGGCAUUUUCCUAUAAUAUCUCCGCAGUGCCCACUAUGACCAUGUUUUCACCCAACGGAUACAAUACCGCAAUGAUUCCUCGGAAAAAUCGUCGAGAAAGAACAACAUUCAAUCGCCAACAAUUGGAAGUUCUUGAAACGCUGUUUGAAGCUACACAAUAUCCAGACGUAUUCACUCGUGAAAAGGUAGCUGAACAAAUUCAGCUCCAAGAAAGUCGCAUACAGGUUUGGUUCAAAAAUAGGCGAGCGAAGCACAGGCAGCAGAAAAAACAAAAACCGAGUACCGAAAAAAAUGAACGGCUAGCAAUCCCAUCUACAGUAAAAGAAGACGCAGGCUAUGCCACCCAAAGCAGUGAGCCAGAACGAGGCACCCCCUGCAAAGCGAUCACGCCUUCGGAUGUACCUCAAGCACCUGUGACACCGGUUGGCUCAACAGGAGAUUCAUUGUGGGGCAGUGGCGACACUCCAGUCUCGGUGCAGAGUCUCUCAAGUCCACCUAACAUUUCACUUUCGGUAUCGCUGUCUGGCUCUACCAUGUGCAGUGCAUAUCCAAUCUAUCCUAACUCGUAUUACCCCAUUGAUCCCUCCAUUUACUCAGCAUAUCCCUAUAGCUCUUCAUUUACACAGCAAUAUCCUCCUAAUCCGCACUUUCUCACCAGCAGCAAUGGUUCACUGUGA